AUGUCAUCCGGCGAAACAGACACCAGCCAAACUCCUCAAACAUCAUCAGAAUCCGAAAAGAGCCAGCAGCAGCAGCAGCAGCCACAGGCCACCUCGACCGAGUCUUCAGAAACGUCAACCAUGGCCAAACUCCCAGCAGAUGUCGUCAAAACCAGCAUAUCCAAAGUCGAUGAGAUCAUUCUGCGCAUUAGCAAGUGA